AUGUCCCCAACAGCUAACGAACCUAUUGCCAUCGUCGGCAUGGGCUGCCGCUUCGCCGGCGACGCCACCAGUCCUUCGAAACUUUGGGACCUCCUUUCUUCACCCCAUGAGGUGGCGCAGGAUAUCCCGCCCACGCGCUUCAAUAUCUCACGCUUCUACCACCCAAUCCCCACACAUCAUGGCACCACGGCCACCAAGCAGGCCUACCUUCUCACAGAGGACGUUCUCUUCUUCGAUACAAAGUUCUUCGCAGUCCCACCCGCCGAGAGCGAGGUCAUCGACCCCCAACAGCGCCAGCUGCUAGAGGUUGUCUACGAGGCCCUUGAGUCGGCGGGACUGGCCUACGAAAGACUCGCCGGUAGUGACACGGCGUGUUUCGUGGGUCUUAUGUCACAAGAGUACUUCGCCUUGCAGGGCCAGGACGUGAAUAUGGUGCGCACGUAUGCCGGGACUGGUACAGCCGCCAGCAAUGCCUCGAGUCGCGUGUCGUACUUUUUCGACUGGCACGGGCCGUGUAUGACCAUUGAUACGGCGUGUUCGUCGAGUAUGGUGGGCGUGAACGAGGCCGUGCAGGCUGUCCGCAACGGCACCAGCCGCGUUGCCGUCGCUUGUGGUACUAACCUGGUCCUAUCCCCACUGUCCUUUAUCACUCUCAGCAAGCUUAACAUGCUCUCGCCUACGGGCCGCUGUCGUAUGUGGGACGCAGAUGCUGACGGGUAUGCACGUGGCGAGGGCGUUGCUGCCAUCGUUCUCAAGACCCUAAGCUCGGCUUUGGAGGAUGGCGAUGAGGUGCUCAGCGUCAUCCGCGAGAUUGGAGUCAACCAUGACGGGAGGACAAAGGGUCUAACUAUGCCCAGUGCAGCUGCCCAAGCGGCUUUGAUUCGGCAGACAUACGCCAAGGCCGGGUUGGACUUGACGAAGCGGGCCGAUCGCUGUCAGUUCUUCGAGGCGCACGGCACCGGGACCGCCGUUGGCGACCCACAAGAGGCCGAGGCCAUUAGUUCGGCUAUGUUUCCCGCUGAAUCCGGAUCGGAUCUGGAAGAGAUUCUCGUCGGAUCUAUUAAGACCGUAGUUGGCCACACCGAGGGAACCGCCGGAGUGGCUGGGCUCAUAAAAACGACACUGGCCCUCCGUGAGGGGAUAGUACCCCCGAACCUUCUCUUCAACCGCUUGAACCCGGCCUUGGAACCCUUUGUGAGCCACCUGCGCAUUCCCACCUCAUGUGAGCCGUGGCCCGAGGUCCCCGAGGGAGGCGUGCGCAGAGCCAGUGUUAACAGCUUCGGUUUUGGUGGAUCCAACGCCCACGUUAUCCUGGAGAGCUUCGCUGGGAAUACAGUUGUUACGGUCAGCUAUCCGACAGUAGGGUCUGCUAACAGAAGUUGGGGAUUGACGCUAGUAAACAGUAUUGUCGUGUCGUAA